AUGGAUCAGGAUCAGGAUCAGGAUCCGAGAUCCACGGUUUCCGGCGAGACGACGGAGGCGGCGAUCGAGCACCGGUCGUUUGGUCGGAUCGGAUUUCUGGGAAACCCUAGCGAUGUUUACUUCGGCCGUACAAUCUCCUUCACUAUCGGCAACUUCUGGGCUUCCGUCAAGCUCGAGCCAUCCCAACAUCUCUUCAUCAAGCCUCAUCCAUUCCACGAUCUCGUCCAGUUCACCUCUCUCGACCAUCUCCUGAAUCGCUUGCAAAAUGAAGGUUACUACGGUGGUGUAAGGUUGCUAAUGGCGAUUUGUAAAGUAUUCUGUAACUAUUGCAAAGAUAAUGGCAUUCAACUUCAUGAAGGAAACUUCGCUCUAUCUUACGAUACCAAUAUCCCUAGGCAGACAGGGCUUUCGGGUUCUAGUGCCAUCGUAUCCGCUGCUCUUAGCUGCCUUCUUGACUUCUACAAUGUCAGGCAUUUGAUCAAAGUAGAAGUUCGGCCUAACAUUGUCCUCAAUGCAGAAAAAGAACUUGGUAUUGUUGCAGGUCUUCAAGACCGUGUAGCUCAGGUGUAUGGUGGUCUUGUUCACAUGGAUUUUAGUAAGGAACAUAUGGAUAAAUUGGGACAUGGGAUUUACACUCCUAUGGAUAUCAGUCUCCUUCCGCCUUUGCAUCUCAUCUAUGCUGAGAAUCCUAGCGACUCAGGGAAGGUACAUAGUAGGGUUCGGCAAAGAUGGUUAGACGGUGAUGAGCUGAUAAUCUCAUCAAUGGAAGAAGUUGGACAGGUAGCAGAAGAAGGCCGAGCUGCAUUACUCGACAAGGACCAUUCCAAACUCGUGGAACUCAUGAACCGUAACUUUGACCUUCGAAGGAGGAUGUUUGGGGACGAAUGCUUAGGAGCAAUGAACAUAGAGAUGGUGGAAGUUGCAAGGAGGGUUGGUGCAGCUUCAAAGUUCACUGGAAGUGGAGGAGCAGUGGUGGUUUUCUGCCCUGACGGUCCAUCUCAGGUGGAGCUAUUGGAAGAAGAAUGCCGGAAAUCGGGAUUUAUACUUGAGCCGGUAAAGAUUGCCCCUUCAUGUUUGAAUGAUUCCGAUAUUGAGAGCUUAUCAAAGCCUUGA